CUGGCCUACUAUUUACUACACACAUUGUCUGCCGUGACAUGGCAGCGCAAGGCCAACGCAACAUCCCUGCAGCCAUGCGACGUUUUUCCAGAGUUCUUAACAGCAGAAGAUUAAUUCAAUUAGCGGGGCCUCAUUUGAGGUUCAUCAGUCAGACCAGUUCCUGCACAACGCCGCGCAGAAAACGCUUAUUGUUGGAUUUACAAGGAUUAGUCAUAUUCACUCGCCUUUUUUGGCACUGGAUACGUCCACUGUUGAAAUACAGAGUGAGAAACAGCCCUCCAGCAGGCUCAUCAGGACGAGGACACUCUGGUGGAUCAGAGAGGAAGGCUAGAGUGCAAGGAACUCUGCUGUUCGGAGCGGCGGCGUUUGUCUGGGACAGGGAAAAGAUUAAGGAUGAAGAGAUAGAGAGUUGUCUCAAUGGUGCCGGACUUAAACAGACAAAGCAAGCCCCACCCACUAAUCCUGACCCCAUACAAGAAAUCACAACAUUAGAUCCUCCUCCUAUUGAUCCUGUUGCUGCCGCCGGAUUACUACCCAUUGUGUCGUCUCUUGUCCAUCCACGGCUCACCAGCUCUGCUGUGGCUGAACAGCCACAUAAUGAUUGGGAGUUUCUGCUAAAGAACGACAACUUUAAAUUGUGGAGGAAACUGCACAAUGAGAGCGGGGUCUAUUGGUAUAAAAUGGUGGGAUCAUACAAUGAUGUGUCUCCAAGAGCAUUUUAUAAGACACAGAUGGACCUCGACUACCGCAAGAAAUGGGACACAAGUGUAAUGGACCUGAAAGUUAUCGAGCGAGACGUAACAACAGGCAACGAGAUUGUCUACUGGUCACAGAAAUACCCAUUUCCAAUGAGAAGCAGAGAAUAUGUGUACGUGAGACGAGCAAUGUUUUGUAGCUCAGAUAAUGCGAUGGUAAUUGUGUCGCGAGCUGUCGAGCAUCCGGGGUGUCCAGAGAAAUCAGACUUUGUCAGAGUGAGGGAAUACAUCAGUCAAAUGGUUAUUAUUCCACAUUCGGACUUCGAUAAGGAUGGUCUGGAUUAUGUUUGUACAUACUUUGAUGAUCCCAACACGUACAUCCCAACUGCUUGUCUCGGCUUUGCAUACAGAGGAAUUCCUGAUUUCAUGGAGAAAUUCCACACAGCUGCUUUGGAAAGGGGGCAAGCAAGACGGGAAAGUCAGGAGUCGUCACAGCAGAGGAAGACAUUUCCAUGGCAGAGACAGGCAGAGCCACAAGCAUAAGGGCAGUUGUACAUCAUCACGCAAUGUAACACAAUGAUUAACGAAAUAGUGAAUAUGCUUUGCAAGAAAAUAGAAAAACCAAAGUACUGCAUCAUUUGUUGGAGUGCAGUUUUCA